AUGAAACCGAGGCCGUGCGGUGAGGACUAUAUGAUCAUGCCAAUAAGAGUGCAUGACAACGGCGGAGGAUUCGAAGCCGGUGAUAACGGCGGCGGCGGUGAGGAGAAGAUGAGUAGUAGUGAGGAAAUGUCGACACCAAUGGCGGUUCCUGUAAAUUAUCAGUCGAGAACCCCUGCAUCGAGGACUAGUGAGCUCACCAUCUCCUUUGAAGGGGAAGUUUAUGUUUUUCCCGCCGUCACUCCUGAAAAGGUGCAAGCAGUGUUGUUACUAUUGGGUGGCCAAGAAAUGCCUAGUAGUGCACCAAGCUCAGAAUUUCUGUCACGACAGAAUGGCAAGGCUGUAGAUGAUGGUUUGAGUCCUCCUACUGUUUCUCGGAGAAUUGCAUCUCUGGUUAGAUUCCGUGAGAAGCGGAAAGAGAGAUGCUUUGAGAAGAAGAUUAGGUACUCUUGCCGAAAAGAAGUUGCUCAGAGGAUGCACCGUAAAAAUGGCCAAUUUGCCUCUGUAAAAGAGAGUCCCAAAACAUCGAAUGAUAUUUGGGUUUCAAGCCACGACACUUCUCGUGCAGAACCAGUGUUACGUAGAUGUCUACAUUGUGGGGUUACUGAAAAUUCUACGCCAGCAAUGCGGCGGGGGCCAGCAGGUCCUAGAACUUUAUGCAAUGCCUGUGGAUUGAUGUGGGCAAACAAGGGAACUCUGAGGGAUCUUACAAAGGGACAGAAGCAUGUAUCAUUUGAUCAAAGUGAUCCAGAAACUCCUGAGAUCAAGCCUGCAGCCAGUGAACCUGAAAGUUCCUGUCACAACCAGGACGAGGAGAGAACCCCAGAGGAGACACAACCUGCACUAUUGGAGUCUGCAAAGUUUUCAAUUAGACCAACUGCGCAGGGCUUAAUGGAAACUACUGAAGGGAUUACUGAAGAUUCCUCCAUUGGAAUAGGAAAUUCUUCGGUCAACCUUGACGAACAGGAAACAAUUGAAGAACUUGCAAAUGUCUCUGGCACAGAAUUUGAUAUUCCAGCAAACUUCUGUGAGCAGGUUGAUGUCGAUUCACAUAUGGAUACUGACUGGCCAGGGACAUGA